AUGGAGCAUUUAUUGCCUGAACAGGAAAAGACUGGUGGAGUGACUAGUAGCAUGAAGGAAAAGGCCAGGGAAGUCAAGGACAAGACGUAUGAAACAGCUCAACAAGCCAAAGAGAAGGCUGGACAGAAGGCUCAAGAGGCCAGAGAAAAGACGGAAGGGACUACCGAGUCUGCCAAGCAGAAGGCCCAGGAAGGCAAGGAGAACUCCAAGGGGGUUAUGCAGCAAACUGGGGAGAAAGUGAAGCAGAUGGCCGAGAGCGCUAAGGAUACUGUGAAGCAGACUUUGGGGAUGGGUGGCCCUGGUAAGGAUGAGGAUAUCUAUACCAGGAAAGAUGAGACGGAAGAUCCUGCUGGUUAUAAGCACACCACUACCUAUAAGGAGACCAAAUAUUAGUGCUAAAUGUACGAAUAAGUGCAUGGGAUACAUCCAUAUUUAGGUCUCCUUUGAAUUAUGUUCAGGUUUGGGCAUGUUUUUUAAGUCCUUAAUAUCACCUUAGCUGGGCAAGCUGCUGGAUUGGGCUCCCUUUGGCUUUCUGAAGAUCCCAAGUUUAGCGGCUUGGAACGCUUCAAGUCCAGAAAUAAAACAGUCAGUACUGUCUUCAUGAAGGGAUUCGUCGUGAUUUUCACUUUGUUAGAUCGAUGGAGUAAAAUCUUGUUUUCCCUCC